ACUAGUAUGUACGUAUAAUGUAUGAAUGUUAGUGGUUGCAAUCAUAAUCGCACUUGUAGUCAUAUUUUAAUUCUGCGGAAAGAUGACUUCGAUAUUGAGAAAUUGUUGGAGAUUGCCACGAAAUCUGCCAAUCGCUGUGCCGAAAAGUUAUGCUGUCGCUUCAUCAGUACGAUGUAACACCACCACAGUCAACGAGGAAACUGAAAAAACCGAGACUCGUCCUACGGUACGUAAGCCCAGUCAUGUUGAUGUGAAGCGUUUGAGAAAUUUCGGUUCCUAUAUUGAGGAUUGUCUACCAAAGUACAUACAACAAGUACAGCUGACUGCUGGUGAUGAGCUUGAGUUGCUCAUCGCUCCUGAUGGCAUCAUCCCUACCUUUACAUUUUUAAAAGACCAUCAUAAUACACAAUUUGUCAGUUUGGCAGAUAUUACUGCACUAGAUGUACCCAGCAGACAAUAUAGAUUUGAGCUUGUCUACAACUUGCUGUCACUGCGAUACAACUCACGUAUCAGAGUAAAAACCUACACUGAUGAGUUGACACCAGUUGACUCAAUAAACAGUAUAUUUAAAGCUGCUGAUUGGUAUGAGCGAGAAGUGUGGGACAUGUUCGGUGUAUUCUUCUCAAAUCAUCCCGAUCUUCGUAGAAUUCUUACAGAUUAUGGCUUUGAAGGGCAUCCAUUAAGGAAAGAUUUUCCACUCAGCGGAUAUGUCGAGGUACGCUAUGACGACGAAUAUAAAAGAAUAGUGAUUGAACCAUUGGAAUUGGCUCAGGAAUUUCGUAAAUUUGAACUAGCUGCUCCAUGGGAACAAUUCCCUAAUUUCAGGGAUGCUCCGCCAUCUUCUGAACCUGUCUCUAAAGAAAAGUAAUUGUUUCGACUAGAUUAUAGUCAUAGAGCCAAGUAAGUGUAAAGUAUAUUAUAAAAAAAAGUAAUUUAAUGUAAUAAAUAUCUGUUUUUCUUGUUAACUACUUCUGAAUGUCUAAUUUGGACAUUUGUUUGGGAAAUACAGAAAAUGAUAUACCCUGAUA